CGUCUCAUUCUGCUGUGAACACCACAACGCUCACGUCCCUCUCUCUCCUCAGAUCAGAGCCAUGCAGUGCAGAGUCUCAUCUGUUGCCCUGCUCCUUGAGUUCUGGGUGCUCUCUGCCUGUGCACUACAUCAGUAUCAUCUGGUCAAUAUGAAUCUGAAUUGGACUGCUGCCCAGAGCUACUGUAGAGAGCACUAUGUUGACCUGGCGACCUUAGACAGCAUGGAGGACAUGCAGAACAUGUUGAACCAGACAGGUCUUGUCAAUGAUCAUUUUUGGAAGGGACUGACUAGAGACAGUGUCAGCAGCUGGAAGUGGUCUCUUUCAGGCAGUCAGUUCUACAGAGAAGGAGAGACGGAGUACAGGAACUGGGCCCAGCCAGAGCCAAUCACAGGCCAGCCCUGUGCUGCACUGGUCAGCAAUGAAACAGGAGUAUGGAGAGACUAUGCAUGUACAAAUACUUACUCUUUUGUCUGUUCUAACAGGGGUAAGGAUCCUGGCAAACCAAACUACAUCCUGGUUCUAGGACCAAGAACUUGGAGAAACGCUCAGCUCUACUGCAGACAGAGUUACACAGACCUGGCCAGCAUCAGGAACCAGGCUGAAAACAUCGAGAUACGGCAACUUGUUCUGGGAGAGAGUUCAUCUGCCAUCAUCUGGAUCGGUCUGUUCAAAGACGACUGGAAGUGGUCAGACGGGUCUACCUCCUCCUUCAGACACUGGUGGAGUGGCCAACCAAAUGAAAACCCUUUCUAUGGUUGUGCCUUCACACAUCCAUCUUUGUCAUCAUAUCCACGUGAUCCAUGGCACUGGAUUUCUUACCCUUGUUCUACUUCCUUCUAUUUUAUUUGCCACAAUGGGAGCAUCACAAACACGACCAUACUGAGCACUCUUGGUACAACAACAGGGAGCACCACUAAGACUCCUACUAAGGUGAAGCUGGUGGGGAGAGUGGAACUGGUUCCUAAUUCACCUUCGGACUUAGAGGAUCCUGCCAUGUUGGACUCCAUCUUGCAGCAAAUGAAGGCAGCUGGGAGGAUCCCAGAGCACAGCACGCUGAGAUGGAAGAAGCAGAAGGAUGGGAAGGUUUUCCACAAGAAGGAGGAGGAGGAGGAGGAGGGAGGAAGAGGAGACACGUGUCAUUAACAAGUCACAGCUACUAAAUGUUGUUAACUGUCUCUUGCAUCUCUGAGAGUACUGAUGAUGUCAAUGACAUUUCUGUAACUGCCAGAUGAUGUCCUUAUCAAUUCAUACAGUUUAUUUGUUCUUAUUAAUCAGGUGGUGGGGUAACAUGAAAUGAAGUAAAGCCUACUGAUUUUGUGGCCUUGUCUCAUCAUGUAUAUAUAACAGAUACAGCUACAUGUUUCAAUACCUUGUAAUCAAUCAUAAUCAUAGAUGUGCUUUAUCUGUGAGUAAAAUGUCUUAGAUUGUGAUACAAAAAGGUUUGAGUAUUUUAUAAUUUAAAUUGUGAUUGCGUAUUAAGUACUAUAGAAGUUAGAGAUUUUGCUUCAAUUUCAUGUGUAAUUGCAUUGUUGUUUGCAGUCAAAUCAAAUAUUUGCAGUAGCUAUCUAAGAAAUAUUUUUUCUCAACAAACAACAAACUUAAAAUCAAAGUCAAUAAAUAAAGUUUGCUUAAAUCCUGUGGUACAUUAAUGUAUAUUCUGAUGACUGAGAAAAUGAUGUCUGGAGGUAAAUGUGUAACUUGUUUAUUAUAAAUUUAAUUAGGAUUAUAGUAUCAAAUAUUUACACAUACAGUUACUCUACUCAUUUUUCAAUGAAGGUGUAUGGCAACUUAAAGAAUGGAAGGACAAAAUGACAAAUCAAAG